UAACAAUCUUCACAUUUCUUUAGCAAAGAAUUUUAAAUAUCUAGCCGACAAAUUGUUCCGUUUAAAGAAUGGGAGCGGUUAGGUGGAUGUGCAGCAAGCGUUUGAUCUCGUUACGCAGCGGGCGGGCACACGCGCCGCCGAACACUGAUUGGACACUGAUUGCUUCUGUUAUCGCGCUUCUGCAGCCUCCAACCCUCUACAAAACAUGUUAAACCCCGACAAGAAUAUCGCCUAUCCUUUACAAACGUUUUAAGCACGAUAAAGACAGUAUGAUUUGGUAUACUGUGGUCCUUGUAGCCGGAUUAGUUGCUGUCGUGGAUGGAUCGUGGUUGCGGCAUUGAGUGGGAGGCUACGGACGCGGCAUGAGCGCUGAGAAGCGAGGUCUCGUUGCCUUCGUGCUCGUCUACCUGACAUUCUUCUUAGAUAAUGUUCUGCUGACCGUGUUAGUGCCCAUCAUCCCGGACUGGGUGCAUGGCGGCGAGCUGGCGCGCUGGACGGCGCAGGACGCGCCGCCGCCGCUCGCCGCGCUGCUCAACCACACCGUGCGCCAUGCCAUUGCACACGACAACGACACUCACGCUCAUACCUUAGGCAAGCUAUCAUCAUCAGGGCUGACAUCAGAAAGAUUACUGAAUGAUGUCCGUGACGUAGUUGAGAGCGUCCGACGUGGAGGAAGCACAGCAGUGGUGGGUGUGGUGCUGGGAGCGAAGGCUGCCGCACAGCUGGCGGCGGCACCGUGGGCUGCCCGCGCGGCGUGCGGGGGAGCGGCGCGCGCGCUCGCGGCGGGCACGGCGCUGCUGGCGGGCGCGGCUGGAGUGUUCGCGGCGUGCGGCGCGGGAGGCGGCGCGUGGUGUGCGGGUGCGGGGCGCGUGCUGCACGGCGCGGGAUCGGCGCUGGCGGGCGUAGCGGGGCUGGCACUGGCUGCCUCCUGUGCACCGCAGCGGCUACCGGCACUACUAGGUGCUGUGGCACUAGGUGUUUUGGUUGGCUACCCGACAGGCGGGCUACUCGACGCCGCUUGGAGUUUCCUCUUGCUGGCUGCUUUGCUUCUGGCUAACUUAGCUCUACAAUGUGUAUAUUUACGAAAAGAGGAAUUUAAUCGGGUGACCGGCGAUGGCGGCGCGUGGUCCAGCGCACGAGGCGCGGGCUACGCGGCGCCGGCGACGGCGUGCGCAGGCUGCGUGCUGCUCACCACCUGCGUGAUGGCCGCCCUCGAGCCAACCCUGCCACCCUGGAUCCGCGCGCGCUUCCACCCGCAGCGAUGGCAGACGGGCAUCGUGUUCGUGCCGGACAGCGCGGGCUACUUGCUGGCGACCUCAUGCGCAGGGCUAGCAGCGCGCGCGCUUGGCGCCGAGCGCGUGGCUCUGGCGGGCCAAGCCGCCGUCGGCGUCGCAGCGCUAGCGCUCCCACACGCGCCCACGGUGUGGUGGCUAGCGCUGCCGCACGCGGCGCUGGGCGGCGGACUGGGCGCGGCCGACGCUGCUCUGGUGCCGGCGCUACUGGCGCGCGCUCCGCGGCAGGUACCGCAUCUCGCCGCGCUGCUGCAGGCUGCGUCCAGCGCUGCUUAUGCUCUAGGCCCUGCACUAGGCGGGCUGCUGGCGUGGCGCUGUGGGUUCGCCACGGCGCUGCGCGUGCUCGGCGCCGCCAACCUGCUCUACGGCAUGUUCCUCUACACCCGGCUCAAGAAAAACCCGCUAUCGCCACAGUGGGGCGCCAGCACGCCUGACGACGACUCCGAGGCGUGCGAGUCUGGAGUGGAGAGCACGCCGCUUCGUCCGCGGCAGUAUACGCAGCUGCACUAGAAGCACUA